AGGAAACGCAGAUUAUUGUCCUAUGAAAUGAGAGCAUGACCAGCAAACACAGCCACGAGCACCACCCCUAUGAUUAUACAGUUCUUUAUCAUUUCUUUUUACAUAAUCGCUAACAUGAUCGAAGGUCUGCUGCCUGAUAACAAUGUUUAUAUAAACUUUUGACAAGCCGCUUGCUCUGGUCAUUUGAUGUGUCAACGCUUAAUGGAUACGUCCAAAUCAGUGAUGAGGACUUGCGGUAUGCGGCCCGUCCACUCUCGCACUGGCUGAGUGCUGAAAACUGAAUGUGGGCCGCUCUGCGGCUCCCACUCCAACUCCCGCCAUGGGAAAUACCUCCACCAAAUUCCGUAAAGCACUUAUCAGUGGAGAUGAAGGCCUAGCUUGUCAACUCUAUGACAGUAACCCCCAAUUUAAAGAGGCUCUAGAGCCCAACGCAUCUUAUGGGGAGCCCUAUCAACACAACACACCCCUGCACUACGCCUCACGCCAUGCCAUGACGCGCCUCAUCAGGUCUUUCCUUUUCUCCAAAGAUGGCAACCCCAACAAGUGCAACAUUCACAAUGAGACGGCGCUGCACCUGCUGUGCAUGGGCCCGCAGAUCCUGCUGGGUGAGGGGGCGCUGCAGCCGCGGAUCAGCCGCCCCCAGGAGGACGAACAGAACCGGGCUGAGUGCCUCCAGAUGAUCCUGCAGUGGACCGGAGCCAAGCUGGACCAGGGCGAGUAUGAGAGAGCCAACGUCAAUGCCACCGACAACAAAAAGAGCACCUGCCUGCACUACGCGGCGGCUGCUGGCAUGAAGAAUUGUGUUGAGCUAUUAGUGAAGAACGAUGCAGAUUUGUUCGUGGAGAACGAGGACAGGGAGACGCCGUGUGACUGUGCGGAGAAACAGCAUCACAAGGAGCUGGCGCUCAGUCUGGAGUCUCAGAUGGUUUUCUCUCAGGAUGCUGGAGCUCAGGAGAUAGAAGCAGAGUACGCCGCCCUUGACCGACGAGAGCCAUAUGAGGGUUUGAAACUUCAGGACUUGCGUCGGCUGAAGGACAUGUUGAUAGUGGAGACGGCAGACAUGCUGCAGGCUCCUCUCUUCACGGCUGAGGCGCUGCUGCGAGCUCACGACUGGGACAGGGAAAAACUUCUGGAAGAUUGGAUGUCUAAUGCAGAGGACUGCUGCCAGCGCUCAGGUAUUCAGAUGCCAACUCCCCCACCAAGUGGCUACAAUGCUUGGGACACUCUGCCUUCACCUAGAACUCCCAGAACAACUCGUUCCUCCAUCACGUCCCCUGAUGAGAUCAGCCUGCUGUCACCUACUGAUGGCCUUGCCCUGUGUGGAAUUUGCAUGUGCACCAUAUCUGUGUUUGAGGACCCUGUGGACAUGUCGUGUGGACACGAGUUCUGCCGGGCAUGCUGGGAAGGGUUUUUGAAUCUGAAGAUCCAGGAAGGGGAAGCACAUAACAUCUUUUGCCCUGCUUAUGACUGCUUCCAGCUGGUUCCUGUGGAGGUCAUUGAAAGUGUUGUCUCCAGAGAGAUGGAUAAGCGCUACCUGCAGUUUGACAUUAAGGCUUUUGUGGAUAAUAAUCCUGCCAUUCGCUGGUGCCCCGUAGCCAGAUGUGAAAGAGCCGUACGAUUGACUAGACCAGGACCUGGAGCCUCUGACACUCGGAGCUUCCCCUUGCUCAAAGCCCCUGCUGUAGACUGUGGGAAAGGCCAUCUCUUCUGCUGGGAGUGUCUUGGUGAUGCUCAUGAACCCUGUGACUGUGAGACAUGGAAGAUGUGGCUGCAGAAGGUGUCUGAAAUGAAGCCUGAAGAAUUGGCUGGUGUGAGUGAAGCUUAUGAAGAUGCUGCCAACUGCCUGUGGCUGCUCACCAACUCUAAACCUUGUGCCAACUGCAAAUCCCCCAUCCAGAAAAACGAAGGCUGUAAUCACAUGCAGUGCGCGAAGUGCAAGUAUGAUUUCUGCUGGAUUUGUCUUGAGGAAUGGAAGAAACACAGCUCCUCUACCGGAGGAUACUAUCGAUGUACGCGCUACGAGGUCAUCCAACAGGUUGAGGAACAGUCCAAGGAAAUGACUGUGGAGGCAGAAAAAAAGCACAAGAGUUUUCAGGAACUCGACUGUUUUAUGCAUUAUUACACACGAUACAAGAACCACGAACACAGUUACCAGUUAGAAGAACGACUCCUGAAAACAGCCAAAGAAAAGAUGGAGCAACUGAGCAAAGCUUUCAUUGGAAGGGACGGAGCCCCACCUGACACCACGUUCAUUGAGGACGGUGUGCAUGAACUUCUCAAGACCCGACGCAUCCUUAAGUGCUCUUAUCCAUAUAGUUUCUUCUUGGAGCCCAAAAGCACAAAGAAAGAAAUAUUUGAACUUAUGCAGACUGAUUUAGAGAUGGUCACUGAAGACCUUGCUCAGAAGGUGAACAGGCCUUACCUCCGCACCCCUCGCCAUAAGAUCAUCAGUGCCAUGUAUCUGGUGCAGCAAAAGAGACGAGAGUUUUUGGCCUCUGUGGCUCGAGGUGUCGCCCCAAAUGAUUCCCCUGAGGCUCCGCGCCGCAGUUUUGCUGGUGGAACGUGGGAUUGGGAGUAUCUGGGAUUUGCCUCUCCUGAGAUGGUGAGGAAUCACCCAGUACGGGGAUCAAAUGCACAGCGUGAGAACAAUUACAAUGCAGGAGGCCAGCCGCAGGAAUACUCCGAGUUCCAGUACAGACGGAGACACAGGCAGCGGCGUCGGGGAGACCUGCUCCGACUGCACAGCCUCCGCAGUAACACCCCUGAACCCCACGACUCCACUGACAACACUUCAGAAACACAUGAGGGAGGCAGUUCACAAAGGCAGUUCUCCACGGCACUUGGUUCCCUGGAUGACGAUGACCCCAAUAUUUUGCUGGCUAUUCAGCUGUCCCUACAGGAGUCCGGGCUGGCCUUGGACCCCGAGCCUCAGGAUGUGCUCAGUAACGACGCCUCUGUAGGUGCCAGUGGUUCCUCUCUGUCCUCUAGACUGGAUUCUGCCCCCCAUACUGCGGAUCCUCCCCGGGCUUCCAUGAGCAGCUCUGAGCUUCUGGAGCUGGGAGACAGCCUUAUGAGACUGGGCAACAUUACCAGCCACUAUACACCCUUUAACAUGAGUUCCUACCCUGAUGCCUUCACCCCGAGUGACCCGGACUGCCUGGACCCUUCCACCAAUGCCAACCUGCUUGGCAACAUUAUGGCCUGGUUCCAUGAUAUGAAUCCACAGAGCAUUGCACUGAUUCCCUCAGCCACCUCGGAUGCCAGUCCCGAGCCACCCGCUUUUGGAGAGGGACAGUCUGCCAAAGCCCAGGACGAGGAGAACGAAGUGGGGAGUCCUGAGCAAGGCUCCCUAUCGCUGACAAAAGAAAGUACAGAUAUGUUGGCGACGCAACUUUUGGAGCUAGAAUGUGUGGAUGAUGUACAACCUCCUAAAGCAGAGUCAUCCUUAGAGGAUUCGGGCGGCAGUGUAGAUCUCACUAGUGCAGUUUGUCCUGAAAGCAGUGCUGAUCCGCAGGUAACCGACCUCUCCUCAGAGUGGGAGGAAGAAGUGCACCUAGUGUGAGGAAUAAGUCCAAUUACGUUUACCAACUGAGUGCUCUUAUUGUGCCAAAACACUAAAUAAAAGCAAAACUGUUUGUGCAAAAAUGGAGACGUGUGAAAGAGGUGCAGUGGGGUUAGAUGGGACUUGUCUCGGUUGCGUGUUGCACCACGUCUGGUGGAAGGAAUGAGAAAACGUGCUCAGAUUCAAGCUAAUGAAAGUAGAUGAGAGAAGAGUGGGCCUCAUUCACUAACCGUAUUUGUGUGUAUGAAUGUUUUUGCACAGAAAUCAUAGUUCAUCAAAACGUUUGCACUUUUUUUCCUACAAUUUAGAACCAACUAAAACGGCAUGCAUGUAAAAAUCAGUUCUUGUGGCCCUAAAAACGUGCUUUUAAGCCGAAAUGUUUUAUAUUUAAUUGAAAUUUGACCUGAGAAUUUAACAAAAGAUGUAGCAUUAAAGAAUUCAGAGCAUUAUAGUUUGAUCUGGAGUAGUUUCUGCAUAAAAAGCUGUUGUUAGGCCUAUAUAAAGGUCUGUUGUGUACGAAAAACCACUAAAUGGAGAUGUUUAGGACGCUAAUUAUUAACUUUAGGCACAUUUAUGUAGGAUAAUCUGGAUUUAUCAACAUUAGAAAGAGUGUAAGAGCAAAUUUAUGUGCAUACCUGUUGUGAAUCGUGGAAAUUUUGUGUGAGAACCUUUUCUGUGCACAUAAGAACACACGGUUAUAAGUGAAUGUUGCAAUGAAAUGGAGGUAGUGCCAUCUUUUCUUCCGUAUUGUGACGUACAUCUGAGUGAAAUGGAUUAUUGGAAAAGGGAAAAAAAUGUAGGGCGGGGACUUUUAUAUCCAUCGUUUGUUGACUGGAUGGAGGCAGAUCUGAACGCAAGCUUGCGCAGUGUAUUUUCCCGCGGAAUUGGGCUACUUUUACACUGUUGCCGCGGGUUGUUUUUUAGUCCGACAUCCCCCCGGGAACUCAAUUUUUACCCCCCCUAAUGCGGUUGGGCUGGUUUUGAAUAGCAGUUAGGCUGGUUUUGUUACGCAAACCUGGCAACCUUUAUUGUUUGUAAGAAGGGCGGGGUUUAAGUGGAUUAAAUGAUUGGAGAAGGCUGGCAUACAUCACCAGAGAAAAGUCAUUUUCAUCUGAAGAUAUGACAUCUCGACUAAAAAUUUAUGAGGUCAAAAGAAAAAGAAAUUAUGGACAGAUGAAUUGUCCACAAUAAGAUAAAUGACACGCAUAUAGAAAUCUUUCAUUUCAUGCUGACUUUUUUGGCCAUCUCCAGAAAUCAUGCUGUGGGUGCCAUGUAUUAGAUUGGAAAUUCAUUCUUUCUUUUAAAGAGAUGAAAUGGAUCAAGUUUUGACAGUUGUAUCUUUAUGAAAAGAAAAAAAAGGAAUGUUUACAUGCAGAAGAAAUUCAUUUGCAUUGAUCCACUGUUUCUGGACUCUUACAGUUACUGUGAACAGUGUGAAGUCAUCAUUAAGACCUGAACCUUUUGCUUUUCAUGAGUUCUUUGCCCUGUUUUCUUUUCUUUUUAUUCUACAGCAGCCCUUUUAUUUAGCAAUGCCAAUCUGAUGCUUUAUUUCAAAACACUAAUGUUCUUUUUAUGCCAUAUUUAAUGCAAUUGGUGCGUACAAUGCACAUUUCACAUUAUGAAUGAGGAGUGUGAAAUGUUGUUUGCUGAAAAACUUCAACAUGUUGUCCUGUUGUUUCGCUUCAGAAAGGUAACACUUCAUGUAAAAGAGAUUGUGAUAGCAUUGUCUAUUGUGACUACUACACACAACACCUCUGAUAUCCAGUGUUGUGUAUUUCAUUGGGCUCAUGUAUAAUGCAUAUAUAUGCAUAAAGACACUCCACUGGUCUUCUGAAGCAAUAGAGAGAUAAAAACAGUGGUUUUCCUGAUUUUGUUUGUGUGCCACUCAGUCAGACGCAUAGGAAGUUGUUAUCUUUAACAACAAAAACAGUUAUAUUAGUCUCGUGUUGUACAGCAUAUGUGGCCAAACGGAUAAACCAACCUUCUUUGCUGAAGACCUUCCCUGACAAAACAUACUGUGGAGUAACCAGGACUUUAAGGAAUAUUCCAGGUUAAAUGCAGUUUAAGAUUUAGAGACAGCAUAUGUGGCAUGGUAUUGAGUACCACUUAAUUUUUUUGUACAAAAAAAGCAAUGCAUGAUGCUGUCCAUAUCUUAAAGUGUUAUUUAAACCAGAAUAUUAAUCUAAUAGUCAUAAAUACUGUAGUUUGAUUUCUAUUAAUGAUACAUAACUGUUGGAAGGCUUUAGAUGUAAGGAAGAGAUUGUUGUUUUGUGUGUGUUUUUUUUUUAUUUUAUUUUAUAGAUACUACUGUGCUCAUCAGUGUGCCUUUUUUGUACUUUUUCUUAUUUAUAUACAUGUUGCCUAAUUAAGUUAGUGUUUGCUGUGUCAAUCAAAUACAAUCAACCUUACAUAUUAAUUUUUCCCCCGAUUAGAUAGUCUUUGUUUCAUGUUGACGACAGCCUCGUGUUUUGUAUUACACUGAAUUGGUUGCCAUGUUUUGAUUGCCUGUCAUUACAGUUAGUAUGGCUCUACAGAGGUGUCUUUUAAUGACAGUAUAAUAUAAGGGGAAAGAAAGAAUAGGCUUUUUUUUCUCAGAUAAAAUUCACAUUGGACAUGAUGACCAGUUUUUACAUCUUAAUCUGACCAUUGUGUGUAAAAAUGGAUGAAGUUUGGAUUUUUUUGUUUCUUUUACUGAAGUAUUUAUGGUGGUGGUAUUUUUUUUUUUUUUAAACAUGACCAUUAACCUUGAAUUGUCAUUUGCACAUUCAUAGACUAUACUUGAUACAUUCCCAGUUUGUAUGAUGUGUAGCCAAUAAACAGAAAGUAUUGGUAAAGGUUUGCUCGGAUUAAAAAGUUUAAAAUAGAGUCCUCUUAUUUGCUGUGGUUCAUGAAAAAAAAUGCUACAUACUGUACUUGCUUUCUUUAAAUUAAAUGACAAUGAACAGCG